ACUAUAUUCCAUACUAAGUUGCUAUGUAAAUACAAGCGGUGGGUGCAGUUGCUACAUAAAUGCAGCUGUAAUAGGAGUAAGGGAAGAGAGGACUUUGUACAUCAACACAUUGCAGGGGAGAGUCAGCGACAAUGUGUCAGUGGGGAGAAAUCCGGGGAAAGUGAGACACGAAAAUGUCUGUAAUAUUUUAGGACGCUGUGUCUUUAAAUAAAGGGACCUACCUCCUCCGUCCACCCCUCGCUGGCGGCCGGGGAGGGGGAGAGGGAGAGGGAGAUCCGCUAUAGGAUCUUUGGGCUGGGCAGAGCAGUGCCGUACUGAGGCGAGGAGCAUGGUGCCUAUGUUGGGAUGUGUGGCGUUACUGCUGGCCGCUGCCGCCGCUCCGGCCACAGCCGAGCUGGACUACCGGCACCACCGCUACGACGGGCUGGUGCGGGCGCUGAUCGGCGUGCAGCGGGACUGCCCCUUCAUCAGCCGCCUGUACAGCAUCGGGCGCAGCCAGCUCGGCCGCCACCUCUAUGUGCUGGAGCUCAGCGACCGGCCCGGGGUGCAUGAGCCGUUGGAGCCAGAGUUUAAGUAUGUGGGGAACAUGCACGGCAACGAGGUGCUGGGUCGGGAGCUGCUGAUUAUGCUGGCACAGUACCUGUGUGAGGAGUACAACCACAGGAACCCGCGGGUCACCAACCUCAUCCACGAAACACGCAUCCACAUCUUGCCCACCAUGAACCCUGAUGGCUACGAGGUGGCUGCUGACCAGGGUCCGGAGAUGAAUUCGUACAUGACGGGGCGGGCCAACGCGCAUGGCAUCGACCUGAACCGCAACUUCCCUGACCUGCACCUGGCCGCCCACAAGCUGCAGGGCAAGAACCACCACAUCUCCCUGCCCACCGACUGGCAGCGCCAGGUGGAGCAGGAAACCUACGCGGUGAUCCGAUGGAUGCAGAACUACAACUUUGUUCUGUCCGCCAAUCUCCACGGGGGGGCGGUGGUGGCGAACUACCCCUUCGACAAGGCGGAGGGUCCCCCCGGGCGGGGAAUGUACCGAGCCACCACCUCCACCACGCCCGACAAUCAACUCUUCCAGAAGCUUGCUCGUGUCUAUUCCUACUCCCACGGAUGGAUGCACAGUGGGACUAACUGUGGAGACUACUUCCUUGAUGGGAUCACCAAUGGAGCCAGCUGGUACUCGCUCGCCAGAGGGAUGCAGGAUUUCAAUUACCUCUACAGCAACUGCUUUGAGAUCACGCUGGAGCUGAGCUGUAGGAAGUUCCCUCCGGAGAGUGAGCUUCAGCGGGAGUGGUACGGGAACCGCGAGGCGCUGCUCGCCUACAUGGAGGAGGUUCACAAGGGAAUUAAAGGAAUGGUGUUGGAUGAAAACAACAACGGGAUUCCUGAGGCCGUCAUCUCAGUUUCUGGCAUUAAUCACGAUGUCACCACAGGUACCGGCGGCGACUAUUUCCGGCUGCUGUUACCGGGGAAAUACACCGUCACUGCGUCCGCACCUGGUUACGAGAAUCAGACUGCUCACAUCGGCGUCAGUGAGCAUCCGUCAUCUCGGCUGGACUUCCGGCUGGUGCCGAAGGUGGCCGUGCGAUCCACCAGCGUUCCCACCGUCCCAUCCGAACAGAACACCAGCAGCAGAGCUGUCCAGCGCAGGAUGGGACCCAGAGCCACCCGCAGGAGAGCCCGAAGGCGGCAGCGGGGGCAAUGAGCAGCACUUCACUGCUUCUUCUCACUCUCUCCCUCCCCUUCUCUCCCUCCCCCCCCUUUCCACUCUCUCCCUCCCCCUCCC